AUGAUUUAUGUACAAUCAUUAUACAUCAUGGAAGAAGUUACACAAGUUGUGCUGACUAUUUCAGAGCCUACAUAUGAGACGUAUGAAGAGCGAAUUGCAACAUUUUGCGAAGAUUGGAAUACAUUAUAUUAUGUGUCGUCAGUUUCGUUAGCAAAUGCUGGUUUUUAUUCUCUUGGUAUUAGCGAUUGCGUACAAUGUUUCACAUGUAAAGGUAAGCUAUCAAAUUGGGAAAUAUGGGAUGAUGCGUGGAAAGAGCAUGUAAAUGGGUAUCCGACAUGUAAAUAUAUAAUGGAGGUUAAAGGGUUAGAAUUUAUUAUUGAAACCAUUCGGAGAUAUCGCGAUGUUGUUGAAAACCCGUGUGCUUUAGGUUAUAGAGAUGCUAAUGUACAAUACGAGAUUGGGGUUGUUUUAAUUGGCUGUGGUCAUCAGAUUUGUACAGGUUGUGAAAGAAGUAUAGAUCAAUAUGCCCUAUAUGCCGCCGGUGUAUUAGAAAAACUUGUCGUACAUAUUUUUCGUAACCGAUCUUCAUUUGACAGAUUUGGUUGGGACCUUACACAACUCAUACUUUCACAUUUAGACUUCUUUGAUCGAAUCAAAUUUGAGUGCGUUUCCAAAGAGUGGAAAGAAGUCAUAUUUGCAAACAGCCACAUCACAACAUUAAAGACUAUUUGA